UUAGCGCAACAAAGCCCGUUGUUUAUUACAUGUAAAGUUGCUUAAAGUGUAUUAAUAGAUUAUCUAAGUUUAAAAUCUAGAUUCUAAAUUUAGUAGAUCUAGAUUUAGACUAGAUCUUAGGAGUCUAGAAAAUCAGAAGUCUAGAUCUAGUUCUAGAUGUCAAUAUAAUGAAAGUACCAAUAAAUAUUUACCUAAUGGGUGGGAUCGUUCGUACAAGGAGCUGACGGUGUUUUGUAAAGCACCGUACGUGUCCUCUGAUGAUUGAGCUUGACAGGACCCAUCCCGGCCUAGUGUCUGUGCUGUCAUUGCACGCAGCCCAGCCUCUUUCAGUAGUACAGUACAUGCAGAUUGCAUGGGCUUCAUAGGCGUCUCAUUUUGCUGUGAUGAUAGGUGAUUGAAAAGCUGGAGAGUUAUUCAAAAAUCCUCUUCUAUGUACAGAGCUUCAUUUUUCUAUUCUAUAUAUUUGAAGGUCCAACAAAAUAACAAGUACAUCUUUGACGUUCCAACUGUUGAUAUAAAGACUUCUAUGUCAAGAUUUACUAAGUCCAUGACAAUUAAACAUGACCAAAUCUGUGACAUGAACUCGAUGACAUGACCCAAUCUGUGACUUGAACUCUGAGACAAAAUGUGACAUUUCAAUGACAGACCUCGAGUAGAACAUUGAAUCAUGACAGAAGAAUCGAGUUUACUUGGCCUGAACGUGAUGGCGUGGUAGCAGGCAGCCAGUUGUGUGUACCUGCGUUCAUUCCACACCAAUGUCUCCCGCACGCGUGGAGUGAAUUGAUAUCAAUCUAGUUCUCGCAUGGUGAAACCCUUGCUCUGGAACAGACCACGUAUUCUAGCGGCUAUGAUCGUGCUGGCGUGUUGGAUGCCUGAGAAAAUAGGUCAUGGAUUUAUUUAUUUCACUGUCACGGAUAUAUCAAUAGAAUAGGAAAUUAUGUUCAUGUCUAGGUGAGUGCUUGGUGUGUUGCCCUUUUGUGUACAGGAUUUAUGUUCUUACGUUCGUUUUAGUCCCAAUGGUAUAACUUCUAUUUAUGUCCAUAAACACCACGAGGAAAUGUUCCCUUUCUGCUGAAAGUGAUAUGAUAAACAUCUAGAUCUAGGCUUAAUGUGCCUUAUAAGUUUCAAUAGUAAACAUUAUAUCGAAAUAAUUGAUAACAAAAUGAAGUGAUUGCCACCGGUAUUGACACAUAGCAUGGCCAUGAUACAUUUCUUUCAGUUGGAUGUAACAAUCACAACGCAGUUCAGCAAUUUGAAAUAAAUCAAGAUCAGCGAAAACGAGAUGCUCUUGGGGGAUUUAUUUCAAUUUAGUUCAACAAACGUGUCUACACCUUCGCUGGAUGUAACUAUGUGAAGAACUACUGCAACGCUACACUGGAUGUGAUUAUGUGACGAACUAGUGUAAAGCCUCGUCGGAUGUAAUUAUGACAAUAUAUAUAUAUUUCUAAUGCUACACUGGAAGUAGUGAUAUGGUCAUAGCUUUUAACGCUACGUUGUAUGUAGUACUAGUGAUAAAUGGUCUAACACUAGGCUGGAUGUACUUAUAUGGACAUAUCCAUUGCAAAAACUCCAUCGUCAAAUACGCCUUCGCCAAACAUGGUCCAAACCUGGGUACUUCAGCUGAUUCUGGUGGUGACGGCCCUGGCUGAGAGAUGUACAAAAGCAGUCCCAGUUCAAACAAUUCCUACCAAAAAAGUGACUGUACUGAGACGUGUACCAGCUACUUGCUCAAACUGGGACAAAGCCUGGGCGUGGCUGACUAAGGUUGACUGUGGCACCAAAUAUAGAUUGGAUCACGUGACCGUGCCACCACGAGAAAUCAAGCAGUACAAGUUGGAGUACGGCUGUUGUGAAGGAGACACAGAUUGCAAAGAAGCUAAAGGAAUACAAGCCACCAACUUUGACUCCACGGAUGAAAAGUUUCUGGCCAUCGUUCUGGGCUCAACAGCAGCCUGUGUUGUUAUAGUCAUCAUUAUUUUUGCCAUCACAUUUUACACUAAGAAAUCCAGGUGUCAGCCUCCUUGCGACCCUGUUAGCCAUAUCUAUGCAAGUGCUGAUGAAGACGACACUCAACAGGCAACAGAGAUCAAUGAAAAGUCGUCCCCCGAGGAGAGUGACACCGACCAAAAAGCGUGUGAUGCUGAUUAUGCAGAAAUAGGUGAUCGCUUGCCUAGAUACACAGAUAUCUUCAAAGACAGUCUGGAGCUACGCGAAGAUCCAUUUAACAAGGCUUCAGCUCCACCUUUAUAUUCAGAGGUCAACUCAAACAACUACAUUAAUUCUGACCCCUCUUUAAAAAAGGCGGAUAUUUACAACACAUCGCAAAGUGUAUGUAAAAAAAGUAAUUCGGUAUUUAUAGACGACGCUCUGAAACUUACUAGUGCUUCUUUAGAGAGUAAACAUUACAAUGGGAAAGAAAAGAAAAAGAGAAAGCGAGCCAGCAGUGACAGUCAUAGUUCCGGUGGCACUAAGGCGUCUGAUCCAGAAACAGCUUUACCAAAACAUCGUAAGAAUAGAUCCAGUGUACCCUCCUCACUGGAAAUCAUCAAGAGCUCAGCAGGCGAACACAUUCUUGAGAAAGCUGAUACUAAACAUAAACGUAGGUCAGCUCAGUUUUAUACAGUGUCCCCAAAUACAAGCACGGUGUCUCGCUCUAACUCCACCAGCACAUGUUCUGUCAUAUACGAAGCACCACUCGCUGCACGCCGCACCAAAGAAAGACGUAUCAAACUGAGACAAUCCGAAGAUUCUUUAGAUCAGAAGGCGUCCAAGAAAGCAGCAGGUGAGGAUGUUCAUACAGUGUUGGCUACUAACAGCGUGGUCAUCACAUCCUCUAACGACCAGUGUGAAAGAGACUCUCUCCUGAUGACGCCAUCUUGUCACUCGGGCUGUGGCAGUGACAAAGACUGUGAACAUUGUUUAAAUUACGAUCGACUUGAGCAAGGGACGGAUGUCUGCAGCGUUCACUUGUAUCAAUCUUUAGAGGAUCUACACAGUCAUCAGAAUAGCAUCAACUAACUUCUACACAUUGAACAGUAGGCAAAUGAUAUAUGUUGAAAAUGCAAGAAAAAAUAUAACUUAUAAUGUAAAUAUCUUUUUUGUUUCUUUAAAAUUUAUAUUUCAACUUUCCUAACUUUACAGAUAAAAACAUUAUUUAUUAUUUAUCUACCAGGGUUAUGACUUUAAAAACUUGGUCCACUUAUAAUAAUGACUGCAGAGCUAGAGAGUAGGAUCCUAGCAAUGGAAUUGUGUUGCUACAGAAGGAUCCUAGGUAUCACAUUCAAAGACCGCAUCACAAACCAAGAGAUUAGAGAUAGGGUUACUACAGCGAUUUGACCCCACGAUGACCUGCUAGCUAUAGUAAAAAAAAACGGAAACUAGAGUUCUAUGGCCAUAUUACAAGGUCUUCGGGGCUUGCAAAGACCUUCCUUCAGGGAAAGAAGAAUUGGCAGACAGAGAAAGCGAUGGGAAGACAACAUUAAAAAAUGGACGGGCUUGCAAUUGAAAGAGGUUCUAUCCGAUGCAAUAGACAGAUCAAGACAGAGGACAGAAGCUGGCAGCGGAUGAUAUCGGAAAGAGACAGUUGGAGAGCUUUCACGAAGGUCAAGGGACACACAUUUGAGACUCAAAGAGAAUCCCUUGCCGAAGACAGGCGCAGAAGACAUCAAUUUGGACUGUAAGUGAUGGGCAUAAGUAAUGACGAACAUCUUGAAAACACAUUUUACACGGCACAACAUAAAACGGUUGAAUUAAUAUGGGAGUUCUAUAACGUAUGCUUUGUAGCCACCAGAUCAACAUAUUUGUAUACAUUGUCUCGUUUAGUUAUUGGCAUUCAAAUGUUAAGAACUGGUUUGUUGAAUCAAACGGAAAUUGAAAUCAAGCUGAGCUGAGAAAAAGUAACUAAUAAAAAUUUAAAAAAAUAUUCAGUUCAAUUAUUUCUGACAUUUGUUACUGGAAUUUACAGUUGCAAUGUGGAAAAAGUCAUAACCCUAAUGUAUAAAUAUAACAUGACAAAACGCAUGUGUACAUAUAUGGUUCAAACUUUGUAUAUAAACAUUUCUAUUUUUUUAAUUCAAAUUUUUUAAUGAAUAUAUAAUUAUUUCUAUAUAUUUAUUUCCUAUCGGUCAAAUUCCGAAGUUUAGUUUAGGUGGGACUUGCCUUACAUAUGUGUGUAAGCAGAAUGUUUAUUAUCUCUUGAUUGCUAUCUAAUGUAGACAUAUUUGGAACUUUGUCCCCAAGAGGAAACAAUUAUACCACUUUGGCGCGUUUAUGGUUUUCAUUACAUUGAUCAUUUUGUCGAAUUUACUUUGAGGUCACUAACUCUGAGUGAACAGUAUGUUAAUAGCAUUUAUUGAAUUAUUACUUUGAGGUCACUAACUCUGUGUGGACAGUAUGUUAAUAGCAUUUAUUGAAUUCUUACUUUGCUUUGUUUCGUUUAGAACGAAUUCUGUUUUGAUUUUUACUGUGUGUUGUGUGUUCUGUGUGGGACAAAGAGAUUUGAAAAGCAAACUGAAUGAUCAGCCAAGAAUGAUGGAUGCACAAGGUUUGGUUCUUAAGUUGUUGAUGACUAAACUCCGCUCCAGUCCUUGUCGCAUCACUACGCUAGGUCUUCAACUACUAACCGGCGCACCAAAAAUGUAUAUACCGGUAAAUGUAUAUUUAUGAUAUUCGUAUUAUUAGAGUAUUAUUGUAUUGCCAUUUUAAAGGAAUAUGCUUUAAUUAUGAAUUUAGAACUGAAGUCUGUGAAAUUGUGUUCAGAGGCGUCUCCCUAUAGAACCUAGUCCUUCACGUCACUUCCUGUUUUAUAACGUCACUUCCUCUUUAGUACUGUCACUUCUUCGAUAAUACACGCUACCAUCACUUGAUACACACUACCAUCAUUUCAUACACACUACCAUCACUUGAUACACACUAUCCUCACUUCCCUCCCCUUCCACAUAGAUACAACAGCACCAUUUGAAAGCUCUAGACGGUCGCAUAGUCUUGCCUACCACCCUCUCCUGCUUGGUUUCUUGGUCACGUGGCUUCAGCUUCUAUGCUGUUUCUGUUUGUUUAUGAACUUCAUCUUAACAACGUUCUUAGGAGUUGAAGACUAAAAGGCAUGCGAAUGGUUUACGUGUGUGCUGUUAAUCACAUUUCAAAAUAAACAUCAUGAUUUUCAACCUAACAAAAAUAAUGACUUAAUUAAACAAGGUCAAUGUCAAAUAUUUACGUAGCAUCGGUAUCGUUGAAAAUAGUCAUUUGUGAAGUGCCGUGAAAACUGGACAAAGGUUGGGGGGCUGGACGUCUUAUACAAACCACAAGAUU